CGCGCAGGUUCCGCGUCGCUGCGCAGGGGCGGUGAUAUAUAUCGAGAGUAUGGUCGAUCUGGCCAAGGGUCUAUCCUGUCACACCAGUUUUUGAUCCGUUUACCGGUCCUAGACAACAGCCCACGCAGGUUAUAAUCCAAACUACCUCUUGAAAAACAACCCGCUCAAGUAUCUACCAACCUAAUUUUGUUCCUCCUGUCCCCUUGCCCCUGGGCUUUGAAGGGCAGAUAGCUUGCCGCAGUCGUCAUGUCUUCCAAACUAUUUUACCUCCUGGGCGACGCCCCUUCAACCGCAACAGGAGUAGAAAUCCCUUCGGGCACCGACGAGGAAGGCCUGCAGCACCUCGUGUCGUCACAUUUUGCCAUCGUUGAUCCAUCUGGUGUUGGUUUCGUCUCGCCCGAUGUGGCCUUGACGACCGUUGCCGAGGUGCUGGCAGCCGCAGACCCGGUUGCCAUCACCAUCGAUGGCAAGGCAGUCCGUCAAGUCCCCGGCCCGACAGGGCUGCCCUUCGUCGGAAACUACUUUGAAGUGUACCCAGACCACCUCGGCAAUCACCAGCGGCUGUUUGAGAAGUACGGGCCCAUGUUCAAGACAAGCAACAUGGGAAGCGUUGUUUACCACACAAACGACCCCCGGCUGGCAAACAUCGUCUUUGCCGAGAGCGACUUUUUCACCAAGAAGUUGAUCGAGGGUCACCCGCUGUACCCCAUCAAGAACAAGGAGUCUGGCGUCUUCCUGGGAGAUACUGACACCCCCGAGUGGCGCGAGAUUCACAAGUUCCUGCCCCCGGCUCUAGGUCCCAAGGCAGUGAGACACUACGCUCCUACUAUGCAAAAAACUGUCGAGGACUCGUUCACGACCUUUGACGAGCUCGACGAGAAGGACGAGGCCUGGAACGUCUACUCGUACAUGCUCAAGCUUGGCUCGCAAGCGGUCGGUAAGCUCGUGCUGGGUAUCGACUUCAACCACUUUACUUCGGCAACAGCACCGCCGCACGAGAUGGUCAUCAGGAUCGCGCAGUCGCUCGAGCUGAACAAGAAGGUCACGGCCAUGGGCAGUUGGUACGGGAUGCUGCCGUUUGGCCCGCCGCAACAGCUGCGCAACGCCAGGGGCAGGAUAGAACAGAUGAUGCAGGAGUCCAUCGCGAACGCCUCCAAGGGUGUUGAGGAUCUGGAGCUUCAGGAGGCGGCCGUCACGGCCGAGAACAUGGUUGACUACAUCCUCCGCGCAACGGACAACAAGGGCAACAAGGUGCCCAGGAGUAGGAUCCUCGAGCCCCUCGUGGUGGCGACGGGCGCCGGCUUCACGACCACCAGUUCGCUACUAUCGUGGCUAAUCUACGGCCUAGUCAAGUACGAGGGUAUGCAGGACCGGCUGCUGCAGGAGCUGGUCGACAACGACUUCGACGAGGACACACAGAUAACGGCGGACCUGACGGGCCGGCUGUCGUUCCUGGAAAAGUACAUCAAGGAGACGCAGCGGCGGCACAACCCGUCGUACCAGCCGGCGCGCACGGCAAAGGUGGACAUGGUGCUCCCCGGCGGGCUGCGGCUGCCCAAGGACGCCAUCGUGAUCCCCGCGCUGCACCACAUCCACAACAACGCCGACAUCUGGGACAACCCGGCGCGGUUCGACCCGGACCGCUGGGACACGGACGCGGUGCGGAACCGGCCGGCAGGCUCGUACAUGCCCUUCGCGGCCGGCCCCCGCAUGUGCAUCGGCUUCAACUUUGCGCUGCAGGAGGUCAAGGUGUUCCUGCCCAAGCUCCUGUACCGCUACGAGUUCAGCCUGGCCCAGGACGGCCCCAUCGAGUACGACCCCAUGUUCCAGCUCAUCCGGCCCGACAACCUGUACGUCCGCGCGAGACGCCGCGUCAAGUUUCCCCCCAAGAGCGAGGUGGCGUGAGGCGGUUCUUGGAGGGAUCCUCUUCUUUUUUUUCAUUCUAUUCCGCUGUAUUCAUUGAGCACGUACGGGGGUGCAUUAUGGGUCGCGAUGGCGUCAGACAAGCAUAUAGACAUAGACAUAGACAUAGACAUGACUGGAUACCUCAGCUAGACGGAAUAACUUGCUCGUUUGCUUCA